UGACAGUCCCUUGCCAGGUGGAGCUGGCUUUACCAGGCCGCUAAAAAGAAGGAGGAGGAGGACCCACCCGCAGUCUCCUCUCAGCAAAGCUGUAGCUGAGUGGAUGCUUCAGAUCUGACGUGGACCUUCCCUGGAGAGCUGCCUCAGAGUGGGGAGCAGUCCCAGAGUCUGACUGAGACCUUCUGCCUAGCUGGAAGCCUACGUGUGCCCAGAAUGUCUGCCUCUCCAGAGAGCGUGAGCCAGAAGUAUCAGUAUCGAAACAUGACAGUGAAUGAGUGUUUCCAGUCCCGGAGCACUGUCCUCCAGGGGCAGCCCUUUGGGGGGAUCCCCACUGUGCUUGUAUUGAACAUCAUCUUAUGGGUGUUCGUUGUCUUGCUUUACUCCUUCCUCCGGAAAGCUGCGUGGGACUAUGGGCGUCUGGCUCUGCUGAUACACAAUGACAGCCUGACCUCGCUGAUCUAUGGGGAGCAAAGUGAGAAGUCAUCUCCUUCGGAGGUUUCCUUGGAGGCGGAACGCAGGGACAGGGGCUUCUAUUCCUGGUUCUUCAACAGCCUAACCAUGAGGGACCGGGACCUGAUCAACAAGUGCGGGGAUGAUGCGCGCAUUUACAUCAUGUUCCAGUAUCACCUCAUCAUCUAUGUGCUCAUCCUCUGCAUCCCCUCCCUGGGCAUCAUUUUGCCCAUUAACUACAUUGGAACUGUUCUGGACUGGAGUAGUCACUUUGGUCGGACCACCAUUGUCAAUGUCUCUAUAGAGAGCAGGUUCCUGUGGCUGCAUAGCCUCUUCGCUUUCUUGUACUUCCUCAUCAACUUCGCCUUCAUGGGUCACCACUGCUUGGGAUUUGUGCCAAAGAAGAACCUCCAUUUCACGAGGACAUUGAUGAUCACCUAUGUACCCACUGAAAUCCAGGAUCCUGAGAUCAUCAGCAAGCACUUCCAUGAGGCCUAUCCUGGGUGUGUGGUGACCAGAGUCCAUUUCUGCUAUGACGUCAGGAACCUGAUUGACUUGGAUGAUCAAAGGCGCCAUGCCAUGCGGGGCAGGCUCUACUACACCGCCAAGGCUAAGAAGAGUGGGAAAGUGAUGAUCAAGACUCAUCCUUGUUCCCGUCUGUGUUUCUGCAAGUGUUGGACCUGCUUCAAGGAGGUAGAUGCAGAGCAGUACUAUAGUGAGCUGGAGGAGCAGCUGACCGACGAGUUCAAUGCCGAGCUCAACCGUGUCCAGCUGAAGAGGCUUGACCUGGUCUUUGUCACCUUCCAGGAUGCCAAGACAGUGAGAAGAAUCUAUAAUGAUUUCAAGUGCAUCUAUUGCGGUAGACACCCUGAGCAGUCUUCAGUAACGACCAUCGUCAAAAACUACCACUGGAGAGUCGUUCAUGCUCCUCACCCCAAAGACAUCAUCUGGAAACAUCUGUCCAUCCGCCGCUUCAGUUGGUGGACUCGCUUUAUCGCCAUCAACACCUUCCUGUUCUUCCUCUUCUUCUUUCUCACCACGCCUGCCAUCAUCAUCAACACCAUCGACAUGUACAAUGUCACACGCCCCAUUGAGAAAUUGCAGAGCCCAGUCGUGACUCAGUUCUUCCCCUCUGUACUGCUCUGGGCCUUCACUGUGAUAAUGCCUCUGCUGGUCUACUUCUCUGCCUUCCUAGAGGCCCACUGGACGAGAUCAAGUCAGAAUCUGAUCAUAGUGCACAAAUGCUACAUCUUCCUGGUGUUUAUGGUGGUCAUUCUGCCCUCCAUGGGGCUGACCAGUCUGAAUGUGUUUUUUCGCUGGCUCUUCGACAUCUACUAUCUUGAACAUGCGACCAUCAGGUUCCAGUGCGUGUUCCUCCCGGACAAUGGUGCGUUCUUUGUCAACUACGUGAUCACUGCAGCUCUGCUCGGUACAGGCAUGGAGCUGAUGCGUCUAGGGUCACUCUUCACGUAUUGUACCCGCCUCUUCUUAUCCAGAUCAGAGCCAGAAAGAGUUCACAUCAGAAAGAACCAGGCCACGGAUUUCCAAUUUGGACGAGAGUACGCAUGGAUGUUGAACAUCUUCAGCGUGGUGAUGGCAUAUAGCAUCACUUGUCCUAUAAUUGUUCCAUUUGGGCUGCUAUAUCUGUGCAUGAAGCACAUCACAGACCGCUACAACAUGUACUACUCCUACGCGCCCACCAAACUGAACGCACAGAUCCACAUGGCUGCUGUCUACCAGGCCAUUUUUGCCCCGCUCUUGGGGGUCUUCUGGAUGCUCUUCUUCUCCAUCCUGCGAGUAGGUUCCCUCCACCGCAUCACUUUAUUCUCCUUGUCUAUCCUCCUCCUGUCCGUCAUCAUUGCUUUUUUGGGCAUUUUUCUGGGGAAGCUCCGGAUUGCCCAUCGGUAUAAGCCUGAGGAAGAAACAGAGACUGUGUUUGAUGUGGAACCGAGCAGCACAACCUCCACUCCCACCUCCCUUCUGUACGUGGCCACCGUGCUACAGGAGCCAGAGCUGAACCUGACCCCCGCCUCCUCCCCAGCCCGGCACACCUAUGGCACCAUGAACAGCCAACCAGAAGAGGGAGAAGAAGAGAACAGUCUGAGGGGCUUUGCAAGGGAGCUGGACUCAGCCCAGUUCCAGGAAGGGCUGGAACUGGAGGGCCAGAACCACUGAUUAGGACUCCAGUCAGGGGGCCAGGGGAGAGCCUGGCAGGGGAAGGCAGGAAGGAGCUCCCUCCCACAGAUUUUGGGAAGCUCCUGAUGGAGACAUCUGUCACCCUGUGGCCCUGUGAAGAGCCGAAUCUGCUGACCAGCCAGAAAGGGCAGGAUGGGGUGGAGAAGGCUUACAUCAUGUUUCUGGGAGUAAUAGUUGAAGUCCAGGACACAAGAGACUGUCUGCUGUGUGUCUUGCUGGGGUCAAACUGGUGCAUAAGGGAAGAGGUAGGAAGAAGCCCAUUGACAGCUUUCUGGGGGGUUCAUCAUCCCCUACCCCACUCCAGCUACCCAUUGAGGAUUGUCCAAGACCACCAUCCUCCACUGCAGUCUGAGCAGAAAAAAGGGAUGUGUACUGGGCCUUGUGAAAAAGGCACCGGUGGCUGUCUCAUCACAGGUUUCCCCACAGAGCGUCUGGAAGCUCUGUACAUCACCCUCUAAGCAAGGGGCAGCUGGGACAAGCCUGGGAAGUUACUGAGGUCUUCUCUGUUUCUCUGCUCUGCUAUCUACUUAUAAUGGUGGCUGGGACAGCUACUCAGGCUUAUUAAAGGAGACCUACAUGCAUGUGGUAAAGGAAACCAUGCCUAAUCCUUGC